AUGUCGAGUAACAUCACAGCGACGAUCACAAGACUGCUCGACCGAGUGAGGAAUAUCACUAUACUUUACAAUCUCCGCAACAGUGAAUCACGAGACUGUAGACCUGAUUUUGUGGAUCUCUUCGAAUCUCUUCGAGUUGUCAACAUAUGUGCUCAAGCGGAUGAUCGCUUACUAUCCGCGCGCUUCGGUCCACAGAUAUAUAAGACUCAGCCAGACACUCUUUGUUGUCUUACACAUCUCCUAGGCUUGCGGCUUGCACUUGCCGAUCCGAAAGACUGGCCCACGGCGUCGGCACUCAGCCGUCCAAGCAUUCGCGUCCAAAACCAUUUUGCUUGUUCGCUCCGGGCAGUACGCGAUAUUCCCAAGUUCGCCCUUUUCUCUCUUCGAGAUAGCACGCUUUUGGCCAUCAAGUCACUUCUUCCCAAUUCCCGCAUCAGAGAGCAUCCACGGUACCGCUAUCGGAUCAUGGCCAGGACUCGGAUUCUCCUAACUGGCGCGGACAGCUUCAUGGGCUCACAUGUCCUUGCCCAGCUGCUGUCCCAUGACACUGUCUCCGUUCGCGCUGUAGUCAAGUCCGAAGAUACAGCGCAUGUGCUCCAUCAACAUCACCAGAACGAUCAUGCCACUCUAGACUUCUGCACAGUCCCUGAACAAGGAACUACAGUUCCUGGAAUUUUGGACACUGCCCUUCAUGACUUGUCCGACUCUUUCAAUGCCGUGGUCCAUCCUCUGGGAGUCAGCUUCCCCGACGAGGCGGACUGUCUCGCACAAUUUAUCAAGACAGAAACCGAAUCUAUCAUUGGUUUUCUGAAAUCAAUACAAGAAAUCUCACAAGCCGUAAGCCGGGUCGUGAUCGUGACCUCGCUCAUGCCAUUUGCGCGAUGGCUGGGCGACUUUCACACUGACAGAGCAUCUGGGCGAACAGUGAGCGAACAGUCCAACUACUCGGUCGACGAUCCGGAAUACACUCUGGCUGCCAGCCAGGCAGGUAGUAAUGUCGUCAACGACGCUGUCUUGGCAUGGACUAAACAGUCUGGUGCUCGAUUCGAUGUCGUCGUAAUCACAGCGCCUUGUCUUCUUGGACCUGCCGUACAACCGCUGGAAAACUCAUCAGAUCUGACUGACGCAAAUCGGAGGAUAUGGAACAUAUGUUCAAACGAAGCGCUGGACCAGGCUAUCCCAUCAACAUAUGGAAUUGAUCAGUUUGCAGAUGUGCGGGUAAGACAGAUGCCUGGUUGCGAGACCUCAACAGAACUGACGAUUAGACAGGACGUCGCUGAUGCCACCAUACGCGCACUCUUCAUCGAAAAGGCAUCGAACAAACACCUCUUCAUCUCCGCAGGUGCGAUGCCUUCUAAAUUACAGAUGGCGCAACUUCUGAUCAACCGCUUCCCUGAACUUCGGGGUUGUAUCAGGAUAGAUGAUUCGCCACCGCGACGUCCUCAACGCGAACCCACGCCUGACUUCCUCGACACAUAUCUUAUAUCCGCGAUAUUGGGACUCACAGAGUUGCGCUCUGCUGAAAUUACGCUCACCGAGACUGUACGGCAAAUGGUGGAUCUGCAGCAACGGAAGGCUUGGAGGAGCGUCACUCAGGGCUGA